GUUUUCAUUCGCAUGAUGAAAAUAAUUGUAAACAAACAUGGCGGAUAUUUUUGCUGCUUUAGAAAAAUUAGGAAUUUACAAGAAAGUUCUUCAUGCAGGUGUUGGUGACAAUCCUGAUUACGAAGAUGGAACAAAGAUUUACUUCCACUACAAGACGACUAAGUGUGAUGAUGAACGGACAGUAAUCGAUGACAGCCACAGGUAUGAUAAGCCCAUGGAGAUCAUUCUGGGCAAGAAAUUCAAGUUAGAGGUUUGGGAAGCGCUGCUGAAAACAAUGAGGCCUAAGGAAGUGGCUGAGUUUACUGUUGAUAAAAAGCACCUGGAGCAAUAUGCAUUGGUGUCAAAGCAGCUUCGUGAAAUAUUUGGUAAGGAGAAAGGUGAGGUGAAGGAGAGCCACUGUUGCGGGAUGAUGGCGAUGUCUGAGCAAGGCCUCGGCCACCCUGAUCUUGAUGAUCUCGUGAAAAGCCCACAGCCUCUCAUCUUCACCUUAGAAGCCAUCAAUGUUGAGAGAGCUGGAUCUUUUGAGAAGGAAGUGUGGACGUUGUCGGACGAGGAGAAGCUGGGAAAACUGCCGCGGCUCCGUGAGACUGGAAAUGAACUCUUCAAGCAGAAGAAAUACGCUCAGGCCGCAGAUAAAUACGCUGAAGCUAUAGGGAUUUUAGAACAACUUUCUAUGAAAGAGAAGCCAGGUGAUCCGGAGUGGCAGGAGCUGGAAGACCAGAAAACCCCGUUCCUGCUGAACUUUGCCCAGUGUAAGCUCAGUCUGGGAGACUUCUACCCUGUCAUUGAACACACAACUACCGUCCUCAAACGAGAUGCUGAUAAUGUAAAGGCCCUGUUCCGACGGGCAAAGGCUCACGUUGGUGCCUGGAACCCGGAGGAAGCACGGAACGACUAUGAGAGAGUUGCGCAACUUGACUCCUCUCUAGCUAACACUGUGAAGAAGGAGCUGGCCCAUAUAGACAGACUACAGAAGGAGAGGAACUUGGAGGACAAAAAGAAACUUCAGGGACUGUUCAUCAACACCUGAUAAUGGCAUGGUUACAGAUUAUUGUUGUCUCCACCUAUAUUCCAUGCCAGGUGUAACAUUAAAAAGUACAAAGCAGUAAUUAACUUGAAGCCAUAGAUGUCAUAGAUUUCUAAUUCAGAUACCAUCAAUGUGUAGACAAAAUUGAAAUUGGGCCCAAAAUCUGGCUCUAACAUUCAACAAGUGAGACAAUACACUGACAUUGUAAAAUUAAAAUUUUAUGUUUACUUCUAAACAUUGUGAUUAUUGAAUCUGUUUUCCCAGGUGACCUACAUCUUAUAGACUACGGUAUAUGACAUGUGUAUAAAAGGUCAUUUGCAAAGCCUUCAUGUAUGUACUUGCCCAAAUGUUAACCAUUAACUUGAGAAUUUGGUGGUUUCUUUCAUAUAAAUAAUGAAAUACCGUAACAGUCUGGGAUGAAUAUUCUCCUCUCAUAAUCCUUGUGAAGCCCCACAUGUAGUAAGGCUGAUGUUUUAGACCAUCAGAGAAACAUGUUCAGUGAUCAGUGGAAGAAUUGUGUGCUAAGGUCUCAUCAUGUGUCGCUAAAAAGUAUUUACUUUAUUGUGAUAUUAUAUUUAUGUUGAAUAUUGUGUUGAAUGCCGAGAUGCUUGAAACAAUUUUCUUUCUGGUAUAUUGUCAAAUUUGUAUAUGAAUUUCAAGUAAACUAGAACAUUUGUAUUUCAUUGUAUUGUGCUGUUUUUUAAACAAAGAAAAUUUAGCUGAUAAUUAUUAUUGUGCUCUUAAUAUUUCAGCCAAUCUUACAAUUAUUUGACUUAGAAUACUCAUUAUGUGGCAGGAUACAAGUUAUUUGAGCUAUGUUGUUGGUUUUGUUUGUUUAAAAUGCAUGACAUAGAACAAAAAAAUGAUAGAAUGGCUGCUGCCGUUACCUACCUUUAAACAAAAUAAAGGAUCAGAAUUGGAACUUGGAUUCCUUUAAAUGGCUUAAAUUAUAUUGAAUAUUUUUACAAUCAUAUUUGCUAUGGCAUUUUAGGGCAUACUUAAUUUUUCAGGUAGAAAGUUCGGACCUUAAAGAAAUAAGUAUGCCCUGGAAGAGGAAACAGUUAGUUUAUAUAGGUUACGAUUAUGUGAUGUGAAGGUAGAUUUACCAGUAAUGGGUGAUUCAUAUAUAGGUGUCAAUCUAUAAGAGUCUGUUUAAUGAACCAAUUAGAAGUUUUGUUCAGUGUGUUUUUUCACUGCGCAUAUAUAUAUAUAUAUAUUUAUAUUGUAGAUCUGUUUUGAAAUGUUAUCAUUGUUUAACUUGUCUGGAAUAAAUAUGUUGAAGA